AUUUGUCAAAGAAAGACAGAAAAUGAUGAAUUAUUCAACAAAGGCGAUGUGAUUCAUCAAGAACUCCACUGCACCUCCCCUCCACCUUGGCCACCUCUCUCUCUCUCUCUCUCUCACUCCAAGGUCCAGACAAUCCCCAAAAGCCCUAAAACAACUCCAUCACUAGGCAUCAUCAUCAAUUCCCUCUCUCUCUCUCUCUCUCUCAAAGCAAAGCAAACCAACCAUGGCGGAAUUCCUAGACCUAGAAACCCAAGACGCAGUCCGAAUGCCAUGGAACGUCCUCCCAGGCACAAAGCAAGAAUCCUCCAAUUGCGUCGUCCCAAUCGCCUCCAUCUACACCCCUCUCAAACCCUUCCCUUCCCUCCCACUCCUCCCCUACUCUCCUCUCCGUUGCCGCACUUGCCGAUCAGUCCUCAACCCUUUUUCCAUCGUCGAUUUCGCUUCCAAGAUCUGGAUCUGCCCCUUUUGCCUCCAACGCAAUCACUUCCCACCUCACUACCACUCCAUCUCCGAUGAUAACCUCCCCGCCGAGCUCUUCCCCCAGUACACCACUAUCGAAUACGAAUCUCCUUCCGAGAAAUCCAAUGUCCCUCCUGUCUUUCUCUUCGUCAUCGACACUUGUAUGAUCGAAGAGGAAAUUGGGUUUUUGAAAUCGGCCUUGUCUCAGGCUGUGGGGCUUUUGCCUGAGAAUUCGCUUGUUGGGUUGAUCACCUUUGGGACUUAUGUCAAUGUUCAUGAACUGGGUUUUGCUCAGAUUCCUAAGGUGUAUGUGUUUAAGGGGUCUAAGGAGGUUACUAAAGAUCAGGUUUUGGAGCAGAUGAAUUUUUUUGCUAAGAGGCCGAAGCCGGCCACUGGGGUGAUCGCUGGCGUCAGGGAUGGGCUUUCGCAGGAGAGUAUUUCUCGGUUCUUGUUGCCUGCGUCUGAGUGCGAGUUUGCAAUCAAUUCGAUACUGGAAGAGCUUCAGAAAGAUCCUUGGCCCGUCCCGGCAGAUCAAAGGGCAACAAGGUGUACUGGCACGGCAUUGAGUCUAGCUGCACAUUUGUUGGGAGCAUGUGUUCCGGGUUCUGGGGCUAGAAUCAUGGCUUUUACAGGUGGGCCAACAACCGAAGGGCAGGGUGCAAUUGUGUCAAAAAACUUGUCUGAACCUGUACGUUCUCAUAAGGACUUGGAUAAAGAUUCUGCUCCCUAUUAUCAUAAAGCCGUGAAGUUCUAUGAAGCACUUGCAAAACAGCUUGUACAUCAAGGGCAUGUCCUUGAUCUCUUUGCUUGUGCACUUGAUCAGGUUGGGGUUGCAGAACUUAAAGUAGCGGUUGAAAGAACUGGAGGGCUUGUUGUGCUAGCAGAAAGUUUUGGUCAUUCAGUUUUCAAGGAUUCUCUUAAACAUAUUUUCCAAUCUGGUGACCAUGAUCUUGGUCUAUCAUCAAAUGGUAUAUUUGAGGUCAACUGCUCAAAGGAUAUCAGGGUUCAGGGCAUUAUUGGUCCUUGUGCAUCUCUUGAAAAGAAAGGUCCUUUGUGCUCUGAAACUGUUAUUGGUCACGGAAAUACUACUGCGUGGAAGAUGUGUGGCCUUGACAAAGCCACAUCGUUAUGCCUUGUAUUUGAAAUUGUUAAGAAGGAAAUCCCAGAAGCCAUUGGUCAAUCAGCCAACAGCCAAUUCUACUUUCAAUUUUUAACUUAUUAUCAGCAUAUUAGUGGACAAAUGCGACUUCGUGUGACUACCCUCUCCAGAAGAUGGGUUGCUGGAACUGGAAGUAUACAGGACUUAAUUGCUGGAUUUGACCAAGAAGCAGCUGCGGUAGUCAUGGCACGCCUAGUUUCUUUCAAAAUGGAAACUGAGGCUGAAUUUGACCCUAUAAGAUGGCUUGAUAAGUCAUUAAUACAUCUAUGUUCUCGGUUUGGAGAUUACCAAAAGGACAGUCCGUCUUCUUUCAGCUUAUCUCCCCGGUUCUCAAUAUUUCCACAAUUUAUGUUCCACUUACGGCGUUCUCAGUUCGUGCAGGUUUUCAACAACAGCCCAGAUGAGACAGCAUAUUUUAGAAUGAUUCUGAACCGGGAAAAUGUUUCUAAUUCGGUUGUUAUGAUACAGCCUUCAUUAAUUUCUUACUCUUUCCAUUCUAGCCCAGAACCAGCUCUCCUUGACGUGGCGGCCAUUGCUGCUGAUAGGAUCUUACUUUUGGAUUCUUAUUUUACCAUUGUCGUAUUUCAUGGAUCUACUAUUGUUCAGUGGCGAAGGGCUGGUUAUCAUAAUCUUCCUGAACAUGCGGUGUUUGCCCAGUUGCUGCAAGCGCCUCAAGAUGAUGCGAAAAUAAUAAUUAAGGAGAGAUUUCCAGUACCUCGUUUGGUCAUUUGUGAUCAGCAUGGCUCUCAGGCUCGUUUUCUUUUGGCAAAAUUGAAUCCUUCUGCUACAUACAACUCUGAUAUUCCUGCUCCUGAAAGGGAAAUCCUCUUUACGGACGAUGUUAGCUUUGAGGUCUUUUUGGAUCAUCUGCAGCGGUUAGCAGUUCAAUAAAAAAUUCCUUACUACUGAUCACAUCUCAGAGGUUAGCAGUUUAUAUACAGCAUGACCUUUCUCCAAUUUUGUAAAAUUUGUUAUCUGAAUUGAUUGUACAGUAAUGCAUAUUAGCCUUUUGAUUCGAACUUAUCUUGUAGUGAUUUUAUUAUGGUAUCAAUAAUACAAUGUGAUGAUGAGUUCAAUCAAUGCAAGAGUUGCUGUUUCUUCCUCAAAA